AUGGAGAUUUCGGAGAACAAGCAGCGCAUGGCCCGCGGCGAACUCUACCAUGCCUUCACGCCUGAGCUCACAGCAGAGCGUGCACGAAGCAGACAAGCCUGCACUCGCUAUAACAAUGCUGGCGAUGUAUCACGGCGGAAGCUGACUGAGCUUUUCCGAGACAUCAUCCAAGACAAAACCCCUCUUCCUCCAAUGGCAUCUUCAGAAGACGAGGAUGCGAAGCUGUUCGAGAAUGAUCCUUGGGUCGAACCGCCAGUCAUCAUGGAUUAUGGAUAUAAUGUCCGCCUAGGCAACAACGUUUUUAUCAACUUUAACGCCGUUUUCCUCGACACCUGCCUAACUACCGUUGGUUCACGCACGCUUGUUGGACCGAACGUCCACUUCUACUCGGCUACUCAUCCUCUCGACCCAGCUGUCCGUAACGGCACUAGGGGGCCUGAAAUGGGCAAGGAAAUACAUAUCGGAGAGGAUUGCUGGAUUGGUGGCAAUGUUUGCAUACUGCCUGGCGUCGUGAUAGGCAAAGGCAGUGUGGUCGGCGCUGGGAGUGUCGUUACGAAGAGCGUGCCAGACUUCACUGUUGUCGCUGGUAACCCAGCUAAAUUCAUCCGAAAGAUCGAAACUGAGAUGGACGCCGAACAGAAGAACAUGAAAUCUGGUGAGCAGAACAAUAUGGAGUGCUAA